GUGCCCGCGCGCGGUGCGCUGUGGGGCGGCGAAAUGGCGGCGCUCAGCGUGGGGCGGGCGGCGGCCGGGGGUCUCCUGCGUGCCCGGAGCCUCGGGGUGUGGAGGGGCCUGCGUGCCUCCGCCGCCGUCCAGCAGAUCCCGCGGGCCAAGUCAGAAAAUGCGAAGUCUGAGGGCACGUUCCAAGUCACCAUGCUGCCCGGAGACGGCGUGGGCCCGGAGCUCAUGCACGCCGUCAAGGAGGUGUUCAAGGCUGCCAGCGUGCCCGUGGUCUUCGACGAGCAUCACCUGAGUGAGGUGCAGAACAUGGCGUCGGAAGAAAAACUGGAUCAGGUGGUUGACUCCAUGAAGGAAAGUAAAGUGGCCCUUAUAGGCAAGAUCCACACGCCGAUGGAGUACAAGGGAGAGCUGGCUUCUUACGACAUGAGGCUCAGGCGCAAGUUAGACUUGUUUGCAAAUGUUGUCCAUGUGAAGAGCUUACCGGGCUAUAAAACACGCCACAACAACUUGGACCUCGUGAUCAUUCGUGAGCAGACGGAGGGGGAGUACAGCUCUCUGGAGCAUGAGAGUGCAAAGGGGGUCAUCGAGUGCCUGAAGAUCAUCACCCGGGCCAAGUCGCAGCGCAUCGCCAAGUUCGCCUUUGACUACGCCACCAAGAAGGGGCGCUCCAAGGUCACGGCUGUGCACAAAGCCAACAUCAUGAAAUUAGGUGACGGGCUCUUCCUGCAGUGCUGUGAAGAAGUGGCAGAACUGUACCCCAAGAUCAAAUUUGACACCAUGAUCAUUGACAACUGCUGCAUGCAGCUGGUGCAGAACCCCUACCAGUUCGACGUCCUGGUCAUGCCCAACCUCUACGGGAACAUCAUCGAUAACCUGGCAGCCGGCUUGGUGGGCGGCGCCGGCGUGGUUCCCGGCGAGAGCUACAGUGCCGAGUACGCCGUGUUCGAGAUGGGCGCCCGCCACCCCUUCGCCCAGGCGGUGGGCAGGAACAUCGCCAACCCCACUGCCAUGCUGCUCUCGGCCGCCAACAUGCUGCGGCAUCUCAACUUGGAAUUUCACUCCAAUUUGAUUGCGGAUGCGGUGAAGAAGGUGAUCAAAGUCGGAAAAGUUCGGACACGGGACUUGGGCGGUUACUCCACCACUUCUGACUUCGUGAAGUCUGUGAUUGACAACCUGCACCCCCACUAUGGUGCCUAGGAACCCCGCUCGCCCCGGGGAGCCGGGGACGUCUCUGCACCCUGCAGCAGCUUCCCAUAGCUUACAGCCCAGCAGCAUGUCCUUCCCCUCCCGCCCGGCGCUGGCUGAGGUUCCCUAGGGGGGGGAGGAGGAGGAGGAAGGUGGCCUUCUUCCUGCCCAGCCCAGAGCCCCGUACCCACCCCCAGUCACCGCCAGCGGGGGGUCGCCGGAGGGACGGAGGGCAGGGCUCCCUUCAGAGCGAGGGUCCCCGCAGUCCUUCCAGGUCGCGUGGGCAGCUUCUCCGCUGUGCCCAAGGUGUGCUGAGGGCAGCACAGAGCCGGGGGGGACAAAGGGGCAGCGCCUGGGGAUGGCAGGACCCCCCGGUACUGUAGGAGCCUUCUGCCCGCAGCGGCUUCAGCAAUAAAUGGGACCACGGGGCUGAGGCCCCGCAGCCAGGAAUGCACAAGGGCAAAGCUGCUGGUGCGGAGGGAGGGUCCCUUCGGGCACAAUCCCAUGGUAGGGAGCGGCUGCGAGGCUUUGGCACCUCCUGCCCGCAGGGAACCAGUGCAGGGUGGGGAGGGGCAUGGCUCCCUUUGCCCCCCACCCCGUUAUGAGUUUGUGGCUGGUUUCUGCGAGCCGGGGCAGGCCCUGGGGAGCACGGGGCUCUGGCUGAGCCACCCCAGUAGGGCCUCUGCGGGCAGCAAGCGCGCGUCCCUGCAGCCAGCAGAGCCAGGCUCGCCCAAACCGCAGCGCCCCGUGCUCGGUGCCCAGCGGUGUGCGCCCCGGGGGCUCCUGCGGGGCGGCACACGCGCUCGGUGGGACCACGGCCGCGCUGCCCUGUGUGUGAGAGAGCGAGCGACUGGGACAUGUAUUUAAUGCUGUGCUUUGUAUCUGUGUUUGCAAAUAAAGGGGCCGACGCUUC